UACCAAGAUGCAUGCCGACAAAUGAAAUCCAUCCUACACUUAGUGUCUCUAAAAAAUAGGAUAAAAACAGCAGUUCACCUGGGUAUUGUACCGUCUGGUCAGAAGGCAAGGUGCAUGCUCGAUGCCAUCGGGCAUGUUGAUCCCGCGGCGCCGGUGUACCACUGGGUUAUCCACAGGUGCCAUGCUUGCCUGAAAGAGAACCUUGGUGACAAGCUCUACGAGCACGUGAUCAAACCUACACCAAAAGAGGAGAAUUUCGAAUGGAUCGUCAGGAGAGGAAACGAGCUAUAUCAUGAGAUCACUCAGCUUAUGGCUGAAAUCUACUAUGCAAUUCUUCACACAGAAACAUGGAGAGCCACUGUCAGAGACCACGCGGCUUACGAUUACGCUCCGAUCAUUCUUAGCGAGCUUGCAGGUGUAUUAGCCGAGAUAUGCACGAACAUGGACAUGACUUGCUUCAAGAGGCCUGACCCUUGGGUGAUCCAGAGGAUGGUGGAGAACCAUGCACUUGUACUGCUACACCUCGAGGAGGCACUACUUGACUUUGAUGAGAUUCUCGCGACUGGCGAGCCUAUGGAUGAUGCCAGGACAGCUAGAGAGCUCCGCAUGCACUACAACAUCCUCUUCGCACAGGAUUACACCCCGAAGGAUUAUAUGUCCGGGCUUGGUUCUACCGACACCAAGGGCAUCCUGCUCUUCUUGGAUGCACAGAAGAUGAUGAUUCGACAGUUCCGGGGCCAGUGGAACUAAGCCAAUGGAACUAGAUGAGCGAGAGCAUUUAGGUAUUUUUGAGUAGCUAGGGAUUCCAGACAAAGAAUUUGAGAUACUAUGUUUCAUGUCUGAUGUUGUAUGGAGAUUGCAUAUUGUAUCAACAUUGCCACUUUCUCGUUUUCCAUGAUU